AUGUCAUCACUUCUGUAUGUAUUCCUCCUCUUCGCCGCCUUCAUCAGCCACAGUGGAGCCGCCAGGCCCGCCACCGAUCCCCCCGUCAAAGACAUGUACAACAAUCCUCUCAUAGUAGGCAUCAGAUACUUCGUCUUGCCUCUAACUCCCGGCGGCGGCGGACUAACCUACAUCGAAACCCAGAACACAACAUGUCCGGGAACCGUAGUCCAAGACCAAAAUGAAGCCUCUCGAGGCAUACCGGUGAAGUUCUGGCCAUCAGUUCAAUCAACAACCGUCAAUGUCUCAACUGAUCUAAACGUCCAGUUCCCUGAUUAUACGAUCUGGCGGUUAGACAGUUUCGGCACGGAUCAGUACUUGGUUUCUAUUUGUGGCGUUAGAGGGAAUCCGGGUCGGGAAACGGUUAGUAACUGGUUCAAGAUCGAGAAGUUUCAAUUUAAUUACAAGAUCCGGUUUUGUCCUACCGUUUGCGAUGAGUGCAGAGUCAUGUGGAGAGACAUUGGAGUGUUUGUGAAAGAUGGAAAGAGAAUACUUGCUUUAAGUGAUGUUCCAUUGAUGGUUUUGUUCCAAAAAGCAUAG